UGUAACAUGUAUCAACUACAAACAAUUUAUCGUUCUCUUAUUUCAAGGGUGCUAAAUCGGUGUUAAAUCGAUACUCGCGGGUACUUUGGUGACACUUCAUUCACGAAAAGUUAUCCCCUCCAUAUUUACUUUUACCUAUUGUAUUGAACACUACAUAAAACUGCUCACAUACACAAUCUUGAGUAGCUAUGAAUAGAGUAGUGGGGAACGUUGUUUUCGAAUUACUAGUGUGAGGGGAGUAAAUUAGACGCCACUGACUUAAUACGCUGAGAGAGGUGUGGGUUGCUGAGGGAAAGAAGUUAAUUUUCGUACAAAGGUUCACUGAAAUAGAAGGAUUUUAAGGAAAGACAACGAAAAUGGUGGACCGUGCGCAUAUUAAAGAGAUGAUACCAGUCCUGCAGGAUGAGAAAAUUGAUAUGUUGGCAGCCACAAGUAUUCUUCAACAACAGGCUGCUGAUAUUAGAAAUCAAAGAAUUACCUGGCAAUCGUAUUUCCAGUCUCAAAUGAUAUCAAAAGAAGACUAUGAUUUUAUAGUUGCUUUUGAUACAACUGAUGCUAGUGUCAGGGAAGCAAAAUUAAAAGAAAAUCCUCAUCAAGCUGCUAAAACCUUCCUGAAUUUACUGGGUCAUGUUUCAAAAGAUCAGACCAUUCAGUAUAUUCUUACAAUGAUUGAUGAUAUGCUUCAGGAAGACCGUAGUCGUGUGGAAAUUUUUAAAGAACAUUCAAAUCGCAAACGAGAAUCAGUAUGGGGACCUUUCCUAAAUUUAUUAAAUAGACAGGAUGGUUUUAUUAUGAAUAUGACUUCUCGUAUUAUUGCUAAACUUGCUUGUUGGAGUCACGAUUUGAUGGAAAAGACCGAUCUUCAGUUCUAUCUAACAUGGCUCAAGGAUCAAUUGAAACUUAGUUUGGAGGCUCUUCAAGACACUGACUUGCAUGCAGAAGUAGAACAACAUAAUAUUGAAGACAAUGAGGCAUACGAACUACAUGAACAAGUGAACAUGAAUAACGAAUACAUUCAAUCUGUGGCACGAUGCCUGCAAAUGAUGCUUCGCAUAGACGAGUAUCGCUUUGCAUUUGUAUCUGUAGAUGGAAUUUCUACUUUGCUUAGCGUUUUAACAGGCAGAGUAAACUUCCAAGUACAAUACCAACUUAUAUUUUGCCUCUGGGUACUUACUUUCAAUCCAUUACUUGCAGAAAAAAUGAACAAAUUUAACGUUAUACCCAUUUUAGCAGAUAUAUUAAGCGAUUCUGUGAAGGAGAAAGUAACACGUAUUAUUUUAGCAGUAUUUAGGAAUCUUAUUGAAAAAGUAGAAGAUGGACAAGUUGCUAAAGAACAUUGUAUUGCAAUGGUACAGUGCAAAGUAUUGAAACAACUUUCUAUUUUGGGACAACGUAAAUUCGACGAUGAAGAUAUUACCGGUGAUAUUGAAUUUUUAAAUGAUAAGUUGCAAGCAUCUGUUCAAGAUUUGAGUUCCUUUGAUGAAUAUUCGACCGAAGUGAAAUCUGGACGCCUCGAAUGGUCUCCCGUUCACAAAUCUGGCAAAUUCUGGCGGGAGAAUGCCAGCCGGCUUAAUGAGAAGAAUUACGAGUUGUUACGUAUUUUAAUCCAUUUGUUGGAAACUAGUAAAGAUCCGUUGGUCCUUAGCGUAGCAAGUUUUGAUAUUGGGGAAUACGUAAGACACUAUCCACGUGGCAAACAUAUAAUUGAACAACUUGGAGGUAAGCAACGAGUAAUGCAGCUGUUAGGACAUGAAGAUCCCAACGUAAGGUAUGAAGCUCUUCUGGCUGUUCAGAAGCUCAUGGUGCACAAUUGGGAAUACUUAGGAAAACAAUUGGAAAAAGAGCAAACAGGAACCUCAGGUGCUCCAGGGGCCAAACCUGGCACACAAGUACCAGCAAAAGCUUAAGCACACAUGUAAUCUUUACCUUUGGCUUAAAAUCUGUAUAUUUUAUCUUCCUUCUAUAUUUCCUCCCCUACAAUAUAUUUUUAUUGCGUGUAAAAAUCAAUAUAGCAAAUGUUUGGAAGUAAAAUUCCAUUGAAAAAUACAUUCCUUUGUAUUCGAACAUAAAUAUCUGUAGAUACAAAAUGUACACAAUAAGAAUUCAUUCGGUUCGGUAUCAACCAAUUCAAAUGUACAGAUUAUAAUAAAUGUAGAAAUACGAUAUUAUCCUGAUAAUAAGGCGAGUGUAUUUAUAGAUAAUAACAGAAUUUGUAAUUAAGAUGUUUAACGGAAUGUUAGGAGAAAAUAAAGUAUUACUAUUUACUAUUAAUAGAAAAUGGUAAAAAAAAGCAGA